CGAAAAAACGACGCGCGCGCGGUAUACAUCAGUUGCGGGAGCUUAUUUUUAUACGUGAUCGAAGCAAUGUUCAUGUCGAUCGUCGCUAAUUUUGUUUGUCUCCUAUGACGUUUCCGGUCUUUUAACUUAUCGUUCGAAAUGUCGAGAAAUCUUCCUAAAACGCCGGACAUGAAGGUCACCCGGAUCAAUUCCAGACCAAAAUUUCCUCCGGGAGAAUACACGAUUCAUUCGCCUUCCGUUUGUGAUCAAACUCUAAAGAACAGACCGAUACAUUUGAAACGUGAAAACGCCUACGAUGGAAAAGAGGUGGUUAACGAAUCAAAAGACGCGAACGGAAGGCCACGAAAGUACAUCAUACCGUCGAAGGAGCCAAACAUUUAUCCGAAGAUACUGAGCAAGAAAGAGUACAAUUACUUCCGGGAGUGUUCGAAAGCAGGUUUGGUAACGAAGGAAGAGCGAGAAGCAGCGCAAAUGGCGAUUGAGAAGGAGAAAGAUCGUUUAGUGGCCGAAAGCAUGGCCCGGAAAGAAGCGAUCCGGAAAAUCGAUAUGCAAAGAACAAAGGAAAAAGCGUCUCGAUUGGACGACGUCGAGGCCGAGGCGAGGCGUAGAACGAUGCAUCUCCUUGAACGAGCUUACAAUCUGAAGCUCGAGCAGGAAGAAGAGAUACAAAAGUGCAACAGGCUAAUCCUCGAAACUAAAUGCAGAGCGAUACGAGACGCUCAGAUAGCCGAGAAAAAGCUGAUCGAACGAGAGCUCAAUGAGGAGGAAGAACGUCUGAAUGCGAUGAUGGAAAACGAGCGACGAAUCGCACUCAAAGAGGACGAGAAAAAAGAACAAAGAGAAGCAGCGAAAAAACGGCAAUUCGCUCGUUUGUUGAAAAAUCAAAUUGAAGAGAACGAGGAACAACGAAUAAUGGAAUUGGAGAGAAAACAAGAGGAGGGAAGACUAAUUAUGCUCAAUAAUAUUGCUUGGCAGGAAAAUGAAAUUGCAAAAAUGCAGAAGAAGGAUGCUGAGAAUGCUUUGAUUAGGAAAGAAUUGGCCAGUGGCAAUGAGAGAUUACGACAUUUUAAAGAAAUGGAACAAGAAGAAAAUAGAAUAAUGGAUUUAAGAAUACGAGAAUUUCAAAAAUUGAAGGAAGAACGAGAGGCCGAAAUAGCCGAAGCCCAGAGACUAGCUAAAUUACGGAAGGAGCGUGAAAAGGAAAGAGUCGCCGCACAAACUCGGCAAGCUCAAGACGUUCAGGCUCAAAUCGACGAAAUAAAUGCGGCGAGGGUGCACGAGGAGGUUGAACGAGAAUGGCGGCGGAAGGAGAAAGAGGAGGCGGUGAAAAGAGCGGAGAAAUUGAAAAAAAUAGAAAUGGAUAGAAAGGAACAGAUAUAUGGUCGAAAGAUGAUACAAGCGAUGGAAAUGGAGCGGGAUAGGAGAGAAUUUGAGAAAAUAUUGAACGUGCAGAGAGAAGCAAUUUGUCGAGACGAAAAAUUACGCGAGAUAAAAGAACGCGAAGCCCGUCGAUACAGAAGCGAAAUAUUGCGUCAAGUUAACGAGAAGGAGCGUGAGAAAAUUGAAGAGAGAAGGAAAACAUUCGAGGAGGGUUUAGCCAUGAGAAUGGAAGUUGAAAUGCGUAAGAAAAAGUUACGAGAAGCUAUGGAACGAAAAUGUGACGAAAUGAGAGCGAAUAAAGUUCCUGAAACUUAUAUAAACGAAGUAAAGGACAUGAUUCAAAACGUCAGCUAAUUUGAAAACAAAACGAAAGGAUUCUUAAAAAACUGGCCCAAACAAAUAGCAUUACGACGCUCGGAUCCUUUUCCACGAUUUCUUCUACCUGGGCUACCGAUUGGCCCGUGAUGCAACAAAUCUCGUCCAGAUUGUAAGCACCGGUGAAGUAUUUGUAGAUCGGCUCGUUUCGACC